ACCAGACCGGAUAUGACGUGUGCUCUUACUUGAGUGACGUAGCCACUACUUUAGUAUCAGAGGCGAUGUAGUCUUAUCAAUAGAUCGUAUUUGCAAUCUUUCGUCGGAAUUUGGAAAUUGAGACUAGAUAUUCAUAUGAGAACAUCGAGAGACCAUUUAUUUAAAGAGCUUUUUGUUGUAAUUUGUAGCUCAGUUCACGUAGCUAGCUAGCCCGUUACUUGGCUAGGUAGCUAACUGUAGCUAGCUAUAAUUAUGACACGACAGCUUGGUGUGGCUCCCUGAGGGAACACACUUCCUGUGUUUGGUUAAAGUAAAAUACAUUUAAUAUAAUGCUGUCGUGUGAGAUCGGUUUAGGAAGAUGAACGCAUCUGAUUAUAAACUUAAAGCCGUUAAUUAGUGGCAACCAUCUGUGUAUUGGUUAGCUAGCAGGAGUUAUAUAUGUGUAUUGGUUAGCUAGCAGGAGUUAUAUAUGUGUAUUAGUUAGCCAACAGGAGUUAAAUAGCGAAUUACAGUCAGUUGUUAGCAAAACUCAACAUUUGGCAGCAUGGAUUUCCACAGCGUGCUGUCCAUCGCCUCCGAAAAGCAAGGCCUGAGCAGCUUACCGAAGAGGUACAGCUUGAAACCUGGCCCCCCGAAAAAAGACCCAAAAGUGAAGGGUGUCAACUCCUCUGCAGUGCAAGCGUACUUGAAGAAGCAGGAGAUGGAACAGAAAAAGAAAGAUCUGUUGAAGAAAAAGCAGAAGGAAGAACUCCUGGCUAAGAGAGUGGAAUUGAAGUCCGACCGGAAAGCGCGUGCCAUGGCGUCUCGCACCAAGGACAACUUCCACGGCUAUGACGGCACGCCCAUUGUAGAUCAGCCCAAGAAAAGGCAGAGUAAGGAUUCAAGGUUUGAGGAACAACCAGGGAGCGAUGACGCUUAUUACGAUGAAGACAAUUCUGAAUAUGCUGGCACUGACUCGGAACCGGAACCAGAACCAAUGCCUGUAGUAAGGCCUCAGGAACGCAGUAACGGUUCAACCAAAAUGAGCAGUGUGCAGAAAAAAACUAGCGUUCCACCCAAGUCUGCUCCACCACCCAUGAAUUUUGCAGAUCUCUUAAAGCUCGCUGAGAAAAAACAGUUUGAACCUGUCGAGUUGAAGCCAACAAAGAAAACUGAAGAGAGGCUUCGCACAGCCGAGGAAAUUAGAGAGUUAGAACUUGAGCGCAAAGCUAAGAAACAAGAUAAAGGGAGAGACGUUAAACCAGUCAAAAGUUCAGGGCACAAAGAAAGCAAAUCCAGCUUGAAUUCUCAGAAGAAAAAUGUGGUUGACAGGGAAGGAAUAUCACACAGAUCAUCCAGUGGAAUUAGCAAAACGCCAAAGCUGCACACGCAGACUGAGCGACUGCACAGCUCUGCCAAAUCAUCUCAUGGAUCCAAACCUAGCUCUAGCUCCUCAGGUGCCUUAAGUGGUAAAGCUGCCAUGAAGGGAACUUCAUCUUCAGCUUCAGUCAAGCAAACAGGGCCCAGGCCCAAGUCUGGUGAAAAGCCAACCACCUCAAGUGACCUUAACUCCAAGAAAGGCUAUCCAGGACUACCUCAAAUAAAAAUGAAUAGUUCUGGGAGUCGAAGUGAUGCUGCUUCAAACUCCUGUAGACCGUCAGGUCAUGGGCAAGGGAUUAAGGGAUCUGGAAACACCAGACCUAGUCCGGGUAACAUGAACAAGAGAGGACCUCCUCAAAAGCCAGGAAAGGGAGAGUUGCCUCGAUCUUCAGGCAAUCCUCCUCCCCGACCAGGUAUCAACGCACCUGUGAGAUCUGCACCUGCUGUCUCCUUGAAACAAGCAGAAUCUCAGCAGCCACGACCCGGAGGUAGCAUGCAGGGCCGAGCUGUUCCCGGAGGGGCAAAACUCCCUGUAAAUGGACAAGGCAAACCUAGCAGACCAUUAAACAGUAUGAGACCAGGUCCUGGAAGAACCCCAUGUACUGUCGUGUCAGAGACCAUUUCAUCUAAAAACUUUGCACCUAAACAAGGAGUGGCUGCCAGGCCUCCAGUUCCUCAGGGGCCCAGAACAAUCAUAGGACCAACAGGUCAUAGAAUUUUGGCUAGACCAUCUGGACCAGAGCUACCAGCAAUAACGUCUAGCUACAAACGCAAGUUUGAGGAGGAAGAGGAGUAUGACUCUGAGAUGGAUGACUUCAUUGAUGACGAAGAAGACGACCAGGAUGAAAUUUCAAAACAUAUCCGAGAAAUCUUCGGCUAUGAUCGGACCAGAUACAAAGAUGAGAGUGACUAUGCGUUGAAGUUUAUGGAGAGCAGUUGGAAAGAACAACAGAAGGAGGAGGCGCGAAGCCUGCGAAUGGCUGUGCUCGAGGAUCAGGAGGAAGAGCGGCGAGAGUUGGAAGAAAUGAAACGAGGAGACAGGAAGAGGAGAAAAAUAUGAAUAAUUGAGGGGACAAAGUAACGGAGUGAACGCUUUGCGCAUCUGGAGGAAACUGUUGUGUACCUUAAUACAUCUUUGUUUUGUCUUUGCUUCAGUUUGCGCUUGGGUAUUAAAGAAGACGAAGAAGAGAUGCGUAUGGAGGAGGAGGAGAUGAAAAGAAAGCAAACGAUGAAAGCAAAACACAAAAAGACUUGAUGUUUGAGUUUGCUUGAUUGACUUGUGUGGAGUAAAGUCAGUUGUGUAGAUCAGGCUCAACACUUCCCUGUGCCAUUCUGCAAUUAAUGUUACAUUAUUUAUUUCAGAUGACCAAAAUAGGGGUCAGUUUUGCACUACCAAGAGCCCAUCUUUAAUAGCUGAGCUUUAGAGAAACUAAUAUAUAAUGUAUCACUAAUGCCAUUAUUUUAUAUUGGUAAAGAUCAUGGAAUUACAAUGAUGUGAUAGCAGAAUCAACAUCUGCUUUGGUAUUUGUUCAAGAUUGUGAGUCUUAUUUUAUUAUCAGUGAUGUUUGAUUGAAGACACAUUCUGCAAUUUUUUGCAAUGUAUUUUUCUUGUUAAAGCAGUUUGACAGA